AUGGAGACGCGUCCCGUGUUCACCGCUCAACGCGACUAUACAUCAAGGGUCGUCGUCCCUCUAACCGGGAAACGCAGAACACCCGACGGCUUCCAGACGGCAUUCGAGUCCAAAAGACCUGCUUUUGACUUCCCCCAGCAACGCCCAGCAUCUCCAGUUUCGAGUAAAAGGAAGCAACGUAAACCUCCAAACUAUCUUCGACACGGAGACCGAUGUAGCAUUAUCAAGAGAGUAGCUGACGGGGAGCCACAGGCAUCUUUGGCGCGAGAAUUUGGUGUCACACGUGCUGCGGUGUGUCAAAUGUACAAGAACCGAGCGGAGAUCCUCUCUCGAGACAAUGAACCCGAGCAGCUAUCUCCAUAUCCUACUGCACCACCGCAGGCGUCUAUAACCCAAGGCACUCCAACUGCCAUCAACCGAUCGAAAGUGAAGGGUAUUCGUCCCAGCAGUACCAAUAGAACCGGCGCGUCGGUGCUGCCAGCGCUCACGUCUCGGUCGAAAAGGGUAGAGGGGCUGCUAAGGAGGUUGCGAGAUGAAAGGACCAAUCCAGUCGACUCCAGACGAGCUGCUGCUCGCCUGACUUUUAUAUUACUGGAGGAAACUCUAGCGUCUUUUGAUUAUCAGCAGGAUGACGAUGACGACGGAGCAUUUAGUGGGGCCACGUUUUGUGCGAUUGAUCCUCACGGCUCGACAGGUCAAAUCCACGUCAAGCCAGAACAUGCUGGUAGCCACAGGAAUUGGCAGCUGGAAUAUCUGGAUGUUCCAGAUAAUAUCACUGACUUCGACGUGCUACUAUUCUCGACCUCGGCAAACGGCGGCGCGGAAUGCAAGGCGAUUGAGAAUCCAGGAUCUCUCUGGUGA